GUGGGCGGGUCCCUUCGCUUGACGACCUCUCGCGCUCUCUCUCUCUCUCCCCUCUCCUGCUUACAGCCUAAUGUGUAUGCGGCUGAGCAGUGCAAAGCAAAACAGAUACAAAGUGAAACUCGGCUUCAAACUCCCAGCUUCCGCUAAGCUCUCUCUUCUUCCUGUUCCUGCCUUUCCUCCUCCACAGCUAGUUAGUAUUUAUACUUCCAAUUAUCCAUGUCCACAAGAUUUCCAUCUUCCGAACUUCAAGAACUUCCUGUUUCUGUUUCGAUCUCUCGCUCUGGAUCUAUGGCCUCUCUUGAACCUCACACCUCUAUCUUCGCUGUCUCCGUCACCCAUGUGAUGAUGAACUGAUGAGGGAUAGUUAUUGAUUGGGAAACAUAAUUAAGUGCCAUGUCCGAUCAAGUUACACAAUCCUAUCAUGGUAGUGAUGCAAUGGUGGGUAAACCAGUGCGUCGUUACCAAUCUGUUUGGAUGGGUCACUCGAUGAGAACAAGCUGUAAGUCAGCUACUCAGGCUUGCGGUAAUAUGUCAAUUCAUUAUGAGUCCAAGCAAGAAGUUCAUGAUCCUGUGAAGCACCCUGUACUUAGUGGGCCAGAGAUAGGGACAGAAAUUUAUGCCAAAGGACUUGCAGAAGUAGCCAAAUCCAAGACAGUCGAUAUUAUCGAUGAGAGUCUGGCAGCAGGUUCGAAACGACUUAGGAGAGAAAGUUUGGGUUCCCAGCCCUUUCCCAUGUUCAAUCUUUCUCAAAAGAGAGAGGGUGUUGUUUUGGCUUUAAAGAAUGAUGAAACCACGUGUCAUGGGGGAGUACCAAGUUCUCAAAAUGGCUCCAAGUCUGGACAUAUUACUGGUUCACUUCACAGAAGUGAGAGUCAUUUACCUUCUGAAUCUGCAAGGGCUCCUCCAGAAACAGGCACUCUUGAAUGUUGUUUUCAAUCUGGAGGCAUCUCACAUUACUCAGAGCAGCAGAUGAAAUCUCACAAAGAUCUUGAUAUGAACAGCCUAGCUGCUUCAACAUCUCUUCAUGAUGAUUUUAUGAGGUCAAGUUUAAAAAUUGUGCCACAUGGAUUUAACAGCAGAAGGACUCCAUUGCAGCCCUUCGUGCCUAGAAAAGAAGAAAUACAUAAAUCAAACUCCAUCAUGACAUCCGAAGAAUGUGUCCAGGAUACCAAUCAUUGCAGCCAUUCCACUAUUUUGGUUCAUGAGAAGAAAGUGAGCGACCUAUUAGAUUCCAGAACAUGUGGGAAGUCAUUGCUUAGGCAGAAAGACGCAACUCUGUUGCUCCACGAUCCCUCUACAAGCAGUAGUAACCAGCAAGCACAUUUUAUUGGUAAACAGUGGCAUAAUAUGCAAAACCAUUCAGGUAUGGGAUCGUUUCCAAGCCAGAGCAGCCCCCCAGAGGUGACCAAAUCAGAAGAUUUAUAUCACGGAUGUCAUUUGCUACCAAGAUUUCCAUACUCUGUUCAUGAUGUGGAGACUAUGAGAAUAUUCACUACCAUCAACUCCAUAGGAGGAUCACCUAGAAGUCCUUCCAAGUUCUCCCAAACAACUCGCCAUUUUAUGAUCACGGAAAAGACCAAUGUUGCCUUAUCUGAUAAACAUCAAAUAUUGAGAGAAUCAACUGUAUCUGCCAAAUUCAAAGGAAAAUAUUUUGGUGAACUUCUCAGUUUAUCACCUGAUUUCCGUUUCCAAGUUCAGCAAGGAGUAAAACUGCAACCUCUAGACAGCUCCACAGAAAGUGAUGGGCAAGAAUAUGUUAAAGAUGUAAAUGUUUCAGUUGGAUUGAAGACCGAAUCAUCAGCUGAAACUGAUACUAUGGACAUGGAUGCUUUACGGGAGAGCCAUCUUCCUGGUCUUGCUUCAUCCCCAUCUGAUAAGGGCCUCAAGGGGAAGUCACCAACAUCUCGAGCUGCAGAUGCUUCGGCUAGAGAAGAAAUGAGGAGCAUACCCAUGACCAGGGAGUUAUGUGAUUCUUCAGCUAGAGAAGAAAUGAGGAGCAUACCCGUGACCAGGGAGUUAUGUGAUAUAAAUCAAGCACUUCCCGAUCUUCCUGCUUUGGCAAGCCCAGUGGAUUGCAGGGAGACUAGCCCAUCAAGAACCCAGAGUUUGGACGCCGAACACCUCCUCCUCUCACAUGCUGAGCAGCCUGGGAUUUCCAAAUCUAGUGGUUGUCCUGAUGGCCAUCUGGGACCUGAGCCAAGCAGCAGGUGGGUCAAACGACUCAAGCCAAGUUCUUGUAGCUCUGCUCAUGGUACCAAGAGCUCAAAAUUGGAAGAAGCCUCUUCCCAUGAAAAAGUCAAGAAGUUCUUCAGCGAAGUUUUGAAAUGUGGCACAACCUGUUCGGAUCCUACCAUGGGUAGAUGCCAUGGAAAAGAGCAGAUGGCAUUAGAUCAAAAUGCAAUCUUUCUUAGGAAUGGUGAGCCUUCUACUGUUGAUUCAGUGAAGAAAAGUCAACAUGUAACUCUUUCAAAUCCUUGGAUUCGGCGGUGGUGUCAUAAUUCGGCUACAUCUCCCCGAAAGUCACCCAAAACUGUGGUGGUUUGUCAGCCACAGUGUUCAAAGGCAACAUUAGAUGAUUUUCCAAAGAAGCAAUUUCCAAGCGUUGCUGCUAUGGCUCUGAUGGGGAAGGCUAUGCGUGGUUUCCGUUCAUGUGAGUUUAGGAAAAGAGGGUCUCUCGUUGUUUGGAAUUCUGAAGGGGUCUUGAGAUAACGGUGCCCAGAGUAAUAUGGGUUCGUUUAAGAGUAAGCAAAGAGAUCUGUGGAAGGAAAGAUUAAAAAAGAGGUCCAAUGGAGUAGUGCCCGUUUAAGUUGUUGAGAAAGGGAAGCAAAGCUUUGGCCAUGCAUUUCAAUCGGAUCAGAGGGAAGAUAUAUGGAGUAGUUUUUUUUUUUUUUUUUCCCAUUUCCUUUUCUGAUUGUGAGUUAUCUGUUGUUUUUCAUCUCUCUCUAGAAGAAUAGGUUUUCUUGACGUGCAGUGGGAGGAACUCCAAAGAGGUUUUGUUCCUUGAACAUGGCAACGCGUCUGGGAGGAUAAGAGGCGCAGCCAGACUAAUAUCAUGACGACUUCAAAAGUAUCUGCCAUGCUGCUGAUGUGGCCUCCUCUUCCUCCCAGAAUAAUCACAGCGAGACCUUAGUACUGCCAAGGAACCAUGCACUUAAUUCAUAGAAAAGAAACCGACACAAAGACAAACGCAUAUGUAUGAGACAUUACAGAGAGGGAGCUUAAAAUUCUGUUUCGAGUAUCCUGUGUUUGUACAUUAUUUACUUUUGCUGUGUUAUUUCUCGAGCUUUUACUGUGUUUUUUCCUGAUGGUAUGUAUCCUUUGAAUGAUUGCAAUUUGUGAGAGAAUACUCCAAACUUUAUUGCAAUGUGGUUGGGAAGUGGACAGGAGUCAGAUGCAUGUGGUGUUCUUGAGCUACCGUUUUUCGUUAGGCUGAAAAGAGACCUCAUCUGGAAACUAAAGUGUGGCGCAUGAAACAAGCAGAAAUUUCCCUUUC